AUGGGAGUUAGGAAUUUGGUUGAGCACAUGAUACUGGCAAACCAACGACAACACGUUAGCAAUCCGAUGUUGUUGCUGGAGAUGGUGGAUAGGUUUCCCCCAAUCUUGAAGCUACAAUGGGCGUCCUUUCAUACAGUCGAUUUGGAGACGUUCAAUCAUUUCAUGACGGAUUUGGUAACAAUGGCAAACGAAGGCACAUUGAACACGGAUCUAAGUUACGAAAGUGCGGUAAGAUCGGAGAAAAAUAAAAAGGAGAAACUGGCAAAAGAGAAGCUUUUCAUUCAUCAGCAAGCUUCUUCCACGUACAGACCUGAAGUUAGUAGGCCGCAGCAGAAGGAAACUGUGAAUAUAAUUAGCAGACCAUGCUCCCACUGUGAGAGCACUGAACAUCGUAUAGCCGUGUAUCCAGAAUUCAUUAAAUUGGAUGUAGAUAAACGGUGGAAAGUGAUGAAGUUGAAGGGAUUGUGUCGAAUUUGUCUCAUGCCUCAUCGAUCGUGGCCGUGCCGCUCCAAGAAAGAAUGUGGAGUUGGGGACUGUCGUAGGCGUCAUCAUCAUUUGCUGCUCUCGAGGACAACUGAGCUGGGAACACUCACACCAUCAACAUCUUUCAGCAAUAGCGUUGCACACCAACAUCAUUACUCUAUAACAUCAUCAGCAUUGCUAAGAUAUCUUCCUGUAACGUUGUUCGCGAACGGGAAGCGCGUUAACGUCUAUGCUUUCCUUGACGAUGGGUCUUUGUCGACGAUGAUGGAAGCUGAAGUAUCGGAUCCUUUGGAGUUGAAGGACCUAGGGAGCCGCUUGAUCUCUGUUGGACGGGAGACGUCACGAGAAUGA